AUGACCUACGUCGUUCGGACACCGCAAAUUGACCUCGCUGCUAUCUUGGCUCAGCAGAACCCCCAUAUUGACCUCAACUUGCAACCAUACGAAACGUCGACGCGGAAUUUCCUCCACGCCGUUUCAAGCUACAAGAAUCGCGCAAUCGCGAUCAUCUCUGAGCGGAGGAACCAUCAACUGGCCGAGAAGAAGAGAUUAGCAGAGAAAAUACAGUCCGUCCAAGCUGAGACGAAUCAGUGUAGGGUCAAGGAGAUUAGCCUGCUGGCUGAUCUUGAGAGGGAACAGGCGGAGCGGAAGGAAGCUGAACUCUCGGUUGCUGCUCUGAAGCGUAGCCUCGCCUCCCUCAAGGAGAAAUGUUCUACGUAUGACGCAGAAAUACAAGAAUAUCGCGCUCUGAUAGACAACUUACGAAGAGAGAAAGCAAAGGACCGCUCUAUUUUGACCAAACAUGCAACAUCCACUAUCCCUGAAGUCGCCGUUUGCGAGGAGCAACUGGGCUGCACAAUAGAAGGCAUAGAGCGGGAUCAACUGCUGAUACGCUUCACCAAGAUCGAUACGGCAGACCCUGAGCGCGAGUUCAGCUUCGUCUUGGACGUAUCGGGACGAGCAUACACAGUGAAAACUUCAUCACCCGUGGUCCCGACGUUACCUAUCUUGCUGGAGGAACUCAAGACGACUAGGGAUAUAUUUUGUUUUAUACGACAGAUGAGAACGGCAUUUAGGGAUAUGGCCAAGAAUUAG